UUCUCCAGCCAUGGAGUGCGCACACUUUUACUUGGGACUACGUACUUCGUCCUGCCCUGCUCCUCGCCGGGUCAGAAAGGUGUUUGCUAGAAGCACUGCCAGGGCUGAGCACGCUGGAGAAGGCUGCAGACACUCCCUCUGAGGGCAUGUGCAGCCAAGGAGAGAGACAUUUCUGAGGACAAACAAGUGGGCAUGGGAGGACGCAAGAUGGCCAGAGAUGAAGAGAAUGCCUAUGGUUCCCAGGACCCGGACGACCAGCAGCAGCCGCUCGCGCAGGAGCGCAGGCUCAGGCUCAUCCUGGCCGGCAGGACCGGAGUGGGCAAGAGCGCCACGGGCAACAGCAUCCUGGGCCACAGGCUCUUCCCGUCCAGGCUCGCGACCACCCCGGUGACCAGAAGCUGCGCCCUGGGGAGCCGGAGCUGGGCCGGGUGGCGCGUGGAGGUCACCGACACCCCCGACCUCUUCACCGCCCAAGGCCGGCACGCGGACCCGGACUGCACCGAGCGGGCCAACUGCUACCUGCUCUCGGCGCCCGGGCCGCACGCGCUGCUGCUGGUCACGCAGCUGGGCCGCUUCACCGCCCAGGACGAGGAGGCUGCGCGCGGCGUCCGCGAGCUGUUCGGCGCCGGCGUCCUGGCGCGCGCCGUGCUCGUCUUCACGCGCCGGGAGGACCUGGAGGGGGGCUCGCUGCACGACUACGUGCGCGCCACCGACAACCGCGCGCUGCGGGCCCUGGUGGCCGAGUGCGGCGGCCGCGUGUGCGCCCUGGACAACCGGGCGGCGGGCGCCGAGCGCGAUGCGCAGGUGGGCGAGCUGCUGGCGCUGGUGGAGCGGCUGGCGCUGGAGCACGACGGCGCGCCCUUCACCGACGACGUGUACGGCCUGGCGUGGGCCCGGCGCCACGCGCGUCCCGAGGACACGCUCCGCCUGGUGGCCGCGCGGCUGGCGGCCCGCGGUCUGGGGCGGGGGUGGGGUAGGCAGUGGGGGCGGGGGCGGCGCUGGCUGGAGGCCGCGAAGCGGGGGUGGCCGCUGGCGCUCCUGCUGCUGGGGGGCGCACUGUUACUUGUCCUGCUGCUUCUCCAGCGGGGGGCUCCAGGCCCAGAUUGAAGGAGCUGCCCUUCCAAAUGCGGGGAGCCUGGAGGGUAAAGGGGCUGGGUCAAGGCGCUGAGGGGAACUUAAACCCAAUUUCAAAGGAAACCUGGAGUUUCAGACUGGGAGUCUUAAUGACUCAGGACGCCUUGGACACUGUAUCGACUUUGCAAAGGCUCAAGUUCACUUUUAGCAUUCAAAUGUCAUUUUUGAUUAUAUGUACACUAUUCAAAUAAAUGUGGUGAACUUUCAAAUGUCCUUAAUUCAUUUUAGUAGUUUGGAUGUAUUUUUCCUUCUUGAAAAAAUAGUGCAUUGACUGGUAGUGUUUUAUAUAGAAAGUGGAUUCAUGGCAAAGGGAAACAAACAUUUUUGUGCAUGUGUGAGCAUUUAUCAAAACGUAGACACUGCCUUAGUUCGCUUGAGUUGCUAUUAAAAAAAAAAACAACGGGAAAGCUCUCAGUUUUUCCCCAUUGAGGAUGAUAUUAGCUGUGGGCUUUUCAUAAAUGGCCUUUAUGGUGUUUAAGUAUGUUUAUUCUCUCCCAACUUUCUCCAGGGUUUUUUUUUAAGAAAGGAUGCUGAAUUUUGUGAAAUGGUUUUUCUGCAUUGAUUGACAGGAUCACAUGGUCCUUUUCUUUUCUUUUAUUAAUGUAAUGUGUCACACUGAUUGAUUUGCAUAUGUUGCACCAGCCCUGUAGCCCAGGAAUGAAUCCCACUUGGUCAUGGUAAAUAAUUCUUUUUAUAUUCUGUUGAAUUGGAUUUGCUAGUAUCUUACUGAGAAGUUUUGCAUCCAUAUUCAUCCGAGAUAUUGGCCUGUAGUUCUCUUUUUUUUUUUGCUGGGUAUCUGUCUGGUUUAGGAAUCAAAGUAAUGCUGGCUUCAUAGGAUGAGUCUAGAAGUUUUCCUUCCCCUUCUAUUUUUUGGAACAGCUUGAGAAGGAUAGGUAUUAUCUCUGCUUUAAAUGUCUGGUAGAAUUCCCCAGGGAAACCAUGUGGUACAGGACUCUUAUUUGUUGGGAGAUUUUUGAUAACUGAUCAAACUCUUUAUUUCUUCCAGGUUUGAGUUUUGGAAGUGUGUGGGUGCUUAGGAAUUUCUCCAUUUCUUCCAGGUUGUCCAAUUUGUUGGCAUAUAAUUUUUCAUGGUAUUCCCUGAGAAUUGCUUGUAUUUCUGAGGGUUUGAGAUCAGUAUCACGACAGGGAUAUCCACACUCACCGCUGUGUUUACCAUGGUGUUGGAAGUUCUAGCAUCAGCAAUCAGACAACAAAAGGAAAUCAAAGGCAUCAAAAUUGGCAAAGAUGAAGUCAAGCUUUCACUUUUUGCAGAUGACAUGAUAUUAUACAUGGAAAACCUGAUAGAUUCCACCAAAAAUCUGCUAGAGCUGAUACAUGAAUUCAGCAAAGUCACAAGAUACAAAAUGAAUGUACAGAAAUCAGUUGCGUUCUUAUACACCAAUAAUGGAGCCACGGAAAGGCAAAUAAAGAAACUGAUCCCAUUCACAAUUGCACCAAGAAGCAUAAAAUACCUAGGAAUAAACUUAACCAAAGAUGUAAAAGAUCUGUAUGCUGAAAACUAUAGAAAGCUUAUGAAGGAAAUUGAAGAAGACAUAAAGAAAUGGAAAAACAUUCCGUGCUCAUGGAUUGGAAGAAUAAAUAUUGUUAAAAUGUCAAUACUACCCAAAGUUAUCUACACAUUUAAUGCAAUCCCAAUCAAAAUUGCACCAGCAUUCUUCUUUAAGCUAGAACAAGCAAUCCUAAGAUUUGUAUGGAUCCACAAAAGACACUGAAUAGACAAAGUAAUAUUGAAGACGAAGACCAAAGCGGGAGGCAUCACAAUCCCAGACUUUAGCCUCUAGUACAAAGCUGUAAUCAUCAAGACAGCAUGGUAUUGACACAAAAAUAGACACAUAGACCAAUGGAAUAGAAUAGACACUCCAGAAUUGGACCCACAAAAGUAUGGCCAACUAGUCUUUGACAAAGCAGGAAAGGAUAUCCAAUGGAAAAAAGUCUCUUUAACAAAUGAUGCUGGGAGAACUGGACAGCAACAUGCAGAUGAAUGAAACGAGACCACUUUCGUACACCAUUCACAAAAAUAAACUCAAAAUCGAUAAAGGACCUGAAUGUGAGACAGGAAACCAUCAAACCCUAGAGGAGAAAGCAGGAAAAACCUCUUUGACCUCAGCCGCAACAAUUUCUUACAUGACACAUCUCCAAAGGCAAGGGAAUUAAGAGCAAAAAUGAACUUUUGGGGCCUCAUGAAGAUAAAAAGCUUCUGCACUGCAAAGGAAACAAGCAACAAAACUAAAAGGCAACCAACAGAAUGGGAAACAAUGUUUGCAAAUGACAUAUGAGACAAAUGGACAGUAUCCAAAAUCUAUAAAGAACUCACCAAACUCCACACCUGAAAAACAAAUAAUCCAGUGAAGAAAUGGGCAGGAAACAUGAACAGACACUUCUCUAAAGAAGACAUCCAGAUGGCCAACAGGCACAUGAAAAGAUGCUCAACAUCACUCCUCAUCAGGGAAAUACACAUCAAAACCACACUGAGAUACCACCUCACGCCAGUCAGAAUGGCUAAAUGAACAAAUCAGGAGGCUAUAGAUGCUGGAGAGGAUGUGGAGAAACGGGAACCCUCUUGCACUGUUGGUGGGAACACAAACUGGUGCAGCUGCUCCGGAAAACUGUGGAGGUUCCUCAAACAAUUAAAAAUAGAACUACCCUAUGACCCAGCAAUAGCACUGCUAGGAAUUUACCCAAGGGGUACAGGAGUGCUGAUGCAUAGCGGCACUUGUACCCCAAUGUUUAUAGCAGCACUUUCAACAAUAGCCAAAUUAUGGAAAGCGCCUAAAUGUCCAUCAGCUGAUAAAUGGAUA